UGCGCGCUACCAAGUCUCCACAGGGCUCGUCAAGGUUCGAGACGCGGCGUUGCGCAGCAGUUAAAUUGAAAACAUUGGCAGCGACGUCUCUCUUCAAACUUCCGCGAUUUUCCUUCGCCACGACACCCGCCACUAUACGAUCGAUUUGCCUACCGUCUAGCCAGCUCGGUUUAAACGCGUGAGUAAAUCGCCGUUACGGAGUUUUUUUUAUUUUAUUCUUUUAAAACUCAAGAAUCCACCACACAAGGCCGCUGUGAUGAUGAUGCCCCGGGCCGAUUGCCAGAGCGGCGCGACCCCGAGGCCCGGGCCUAGCGGAUUCAGUUUUCGAAGAGCGACUCGGAGUCGUUCGCCGUCGCCAACGCAAUUAAACGCUUAAAGAAACCUUAAACACUUUAAACGUUCGUUACACAUUUUUUUUUUGCAUUCAUAAAUUUGCAUUUAUUGUAGGAUUUUGUGAUUUCGGGAUUUGUUGCUGUAUUCUCCCCAACGUCGUCUGUCCUCGUAGCCCCCCCCCUUACCCUCCUACCGCCCUACCGUCUGAGAGGCGACUUUCCCCGCGAGGAAUCCAGGCAAGACCGGCGCCUCGCUCGGUCUCGGGCUAAAGCAGCAAAUUUAAUUGCGGAUUGUUGUGGCUCUUGGCAAAGGCGGCUAGAGGAGUCGGAUCUUGUCGUUUUAAGUCUCGCCUCGGCCUAAAGGGUUUAUCCGUGACCAGUAACGACAGGUGGCGAUUAGUGGCACGAAACUUCCAGUGGCGUGCGUCGAACGAGGAAGAUUUGAACUGCGAAGUUGCUCCGUUGGGUUUCUGCUUCUUCUUCUGCUGCUGCUGUUGUUGUUGCUGCUGGGAGACGUCACCCGCGACGAUGAAGCUCCUCGAGAACGAGAAGUUUGAAGCCAUCAACUCGCGGCUCACCAUCGAGACGGGCGACUGCCGCAUCAUUGGCAGAAUCGAGAGCUACUCCUGCAAAAUGGCCGGUGACGACAAGCACAUGUUCAAGCAGUUCUGCGCCGAGGGGGAACCGCACCUCCUGCAGGCGCUCUCCCCUCCACAGACGUCCGGAAUCAGCCCCAACAAGCUGAGCAAGAGCCAGAGCGGGGACGAGGGUGAGCACCCGCUGUGCGACACGUGCUGCCGCAAGACCCUCUUCUACCUGAUCGCCACGCUCAACGCCUCCUUCAAGCCCGACUACGACUUCAGCCGUGCCAAGAGUCACGACUUCAGCAAGGAGCCCAGCCUCAGCUGGGUCACGAAUGCCGUCAACAGCAGCCUCUCGUCGGCAGCUGGAGGAGAAUUUGGCGAUUUGAAGCCGUUGCUGUGGAAAGCCAUCGAUGACGAGAUUGGCAUGAGCGAGUGCGACAUCUACAGCUACAACCCGGACCUGGACUCUGACCCGUAUGGCGAGGAAGGCAGCCUGUGGUCCUUCAACUACUUCUUCUACAACAAGAAGCUCAAGCGCAUUGUGUUUUUCACCUGUCGCUCGGUCAGUGCGUACUCGCUGCUGAGAGACUCCGGACUCGCCAGCGAAUUUGACAUGGAGCUGGACGAGGAGGAUGGAGGGUCAGACGACUGCGAGGAUGAAGAGGCGGGAUGUGGGAUGGACUGAGACCUCUGCUGGCUGUUGAAGAUUGUAUCUCUUAGCAGAAUCCUCUGAGCCCCAUGCAGAGAUUUGCAAGUUUGAUUCUCUGCUUGGCAAACUCCCUGCUAGCUCAGCCCCAUGUUUUGUCGCAUCAAAGCAUCUUACAUUCCUUUACAGGCAAAGCACUUCACUUUUUUCCUAAGCAGCAGAGAUUAAAAUGUAAAAAUCCAUGUAAGCAAACCUUGCAAAUUAAAUGAGAAAAAAAGGAUUAACUGUGUUCAGAGCAGUUUCCAAGCCAUCAAGAAAAUAUUUCGGCUAAAUAAUACUCUCGUAUACAACGUCGCAUAAACGCCACGACCAAUUACCCGCCCCACAUCCAUUCGCAGUAUUUGUGCACAGCGUCACUGCCGUUUUCUCAUAGAUGUUCACAAAUCUCACAUGCAUCCGCUCACUUAUGAGGCACAAGUGAAGCUCUUCCCCAAGUUUUAAUUAGUUUGCAUUUUACUUCGUUCCAGUAACCCAUUUGGACAUGGUAGUACAACUGUCAUAUUCUAUAGAUGUACACAUAUCAAACCGUCUCACAUAUCCGCCUACAACUCAGUCUACAAUGAGUCUUUUACGUGACGUACCGUAUUAUAAUUUAUCUGGCAGAGUUUCGCUGAGUCUCAGGACUCUUUACCAGCCGAAUUCUGCAUUAGUAUGUGAAGUCAAUCUCUUACCAAUUUGUAAGUGGGGGAAAAAAAAUGAGUAUCAAAAGAAGAAAAAAACACGCAUGUCUCGAUAAUUCAUCAACCCGCUUGCUUUACUGCCACCUUAUGGCCACUCCAUGGAGCAGCAGGUUGGGUGUCUCGCGAUAUACAAUAAUCUCCGCGUGAGCCACCAACUCCGCCACAGAAGCGGUGAUUAAUGUUUGUGUGUGCGAACGUGCCUGGACAGAGCAUUUAUGUUUCAAAAAGUGUCAGAAAUACGGAACGGGGUUCACGCUUAGAAAUGUAAGGACCGGCCUUCCAGCAUGUCCACCAGAUGUACGUGCUUACGAACAGGGAGGAGGCAUGCCUACGAUUAAUUACAUGGAUCUCGUCACAUUCUGCAGUAACCACCCUGCAUAAAAAAACUGUUGUAGCUGGUACGACAGUGCAACAACAUACAUCAUUGCACGCUCCAGCCACGUUCCUCACCUUCAACCUUGCAUUGGGAAGUGUGGUCAACGCAUUCCCAUGACCAACACGAUGUGGGGAGGCCGUCGUACAGCAGUGAAUUGACAAAAGGGCCGUACGUGGCCAAGUCUCCUCAAGUUUGUGUCGCCAGGAGAUUAUAACCCCAUGGGAUGCGUGAAACGGCAUGCGGCCUUGGGAUACAUCGCAACAUUUCGAGUGGGCGGAAUAUUUUUUGUUCAAACGUUAACAUUUUUUAACAAAUCUAGACUAAAUCUGACAAUUUUUAUCAAAACAUUUGAGCGAGGCUAAGUGUAGAAGGCGAAUUGCACUUUUAAGUUUGAAAUCUACAAGAACUAUGACAUUCUGGAGAGGAAUCUGUGUAGGCAAAUAGAGGAAAUGCAGAAAAUAGUUGGCUACAGCAGGAGGUUUGUAGCACGGAUUCGUCGCAUUCUCCAACUCUUCUCUAUCUAUGCACGUGACCCACAGUCGUGUAAACACGGCCGCCCCUGUUUUACAUUGCAAAUACAUUCUGAAAACCAGCUGAAAUUGAUAACUCGGCACAAUGCUCCUCCACGUAACUUGUUGGGGCAACUUUCUAUUUUUUUAAUAGGAAUCAUUUUCAUUCGCACACUCGCCGGAUGUCCCCAGAGUUUUAACUUUUACAGAUAAGUAGCAUCGUUCAGAGCUCAUUCAGCAUCACCACCAGCUUUUAUUCUGCCAAAGAGAAAUGCUGAAUACGUUUAGGGGUAACUUUUUUCUUUCUGCUUGUGGGGAAGGCCGUUCAAGGCUGCUCAAGGCUGCUCUGAAAGUGCAGAAGCCGUGUACAGCCGUGUACAUAAAAGAUUUGACACCGUCCCAUGUUUAUGUUGCGACCACGAGUCUGCAACCACUGCUGCAAGAUUAUGUGUGGGGCACGGCACGGCGUGUUCUGUCUGUGUACAUUUACGUUUCGGGGACAUUUACCUGCAGUUGAAGGACAGGUUUUUGCGGGUUUUCUGUUUUGUUUCUGUAAAAAACUAAGUGUAAACAUUACUUAAAAUGCAAAAAAAUCCAAUUCGUUUAAUUGCAGAAAAGCCACAGAUGGACUUUUCGCUGUGUUUAUGCAGUUACAUUUUUCAAAGUAACCAGUUGUGGAAAUUUUAAUUCAUAUGUUCAUUCCGAGAGACGGGCAUUUUCUUGGUCCGAAUACAGUCAUAAUCGCUGCCUGAAUACCACCAUCACCAGCAUACCACCGUAAGGUCGAGAUCAUAAUAAUACUAACAAUAAGCACUGGAAAAAAAUCUAACAUUUGUAUUUGUUAAUGCCAACUUAUGGUAUUGUAAAGUAAACUUUUUUUAUUUCAUCAAGGGAGCAUGUGAUUAAGUGUACAAUUUCCAUUGCAAGUCUUUUAAAUAUGUGAAGAUUGUUUGCCUGCCUAUCUUUACAACACAAUGUUUUCAUGUCGGGUCCACAGUUGAGAAGGCGCCAGUAACUGCGGAAAACGGAAUAUCUAACCAAUUGUUUGGCUUAUUGGACACGGCGAUGAAACGGCCCAGUUUAUACACGUGACCACCCUACUUCCUGUGAUAUAUAGCAUUUAAAAAGACAUGAAAACUCAAGUUGAUGCUUUUGUCACUGUGUUAGGGGGGAGGGUUCCGUGUCCCGUGCUGCAAUUCUGUUACAAGUGAAAUUGGCAACGGACAUGGUGAUCCAGUUAUUAGAUAUGCCCCACGGAUUUCUAACGACCCUUUUUGACAGCUAAACAAAUAUUUGUGCGAGGGCCUCCAGAUGUCACGGAGUAGAGUGAUAACAGAUGUAGUAAUUGUAUUAUGAUUGAUAUGUAUGUAGAACUUCUUUCGCACCGUGCUAAUCGGAGUGGGAGAUGUUUUUAGAGACUUUGAACUAAAAACGUUGCUUUCUAUUUUUUUCCCCCCACCCUAUUAUUUAUUUUAGUGGGCAUCUAUAAAUGGACCACCGUAUAUUAACAAACCCCUUCCUGCACCUGGAAUAAACUAAAAAAAAAACUUUAAUUUUAUUUCAACGCAACAGUCCACGAGCAUGCCCGGUCAAUGUUAAAAAAAAAACCUGUGAAAGUGUGUGGAUAACAGUUUUGCGUGCUUCUGCUGUAAUCGUCGCCCGCUUUGAGUGACAACUUAGGGUCGCACCAGCCAUUCCCACCGCUGUUUUGAGAGCCUGGCCGGUUUUCAUUUGCCUGCUGCCUCGUCUUCACAGUAGACAUCCUCGUGAUCAGACCCCAGUGUAUUUUACGAAGUGUUAACCCCUUUAUUCUGAAUCGCUUAGACUGUAAAAUAGUCACUUUUAAUUUCAUCGUUUAGAUUGUUUUUUUUGUGCGCACAUUGUUGACAUUUAAAGAUUUAACUACUGUUGUACGAACAUGCCUUUAUUUUUUGUUUGUUAAUAACCGUGUAGUGUUUGAGCAUACAGUUAUGUAAAGCUUGGUUUUUAUAUAUCCGAAAUCUUAAUAAUUUUAAUUAAACUGUUAUUUGAAGUUUU